AUGAGCGAUCUUGAGUUCAGAUUUAAUGAAGAUAACCACAUCGAAUUUAAUGAUAAGGCAGAAUCGAAUGAUGAGGAUAAGGUCGAAUCCAAUAAAGAAAAUGAAAUAGAAAUAUUUGAAACCAAAAAUACAAAAUGCAUGGCUAUGCAAAUAUUAAAAGCUGGUACCAAACCCAGUAUGAUUUACAAAGCCAUUAGAGGUGAAAAUGGAGAGCCAAUUGCAACAAGAAGAGAUAUUUCUAAUUUGGGUGCACAAAUUUACCAUUCAAAGGAAAAUGCAUCAAUGGAAAUAUUAAUAAUAAAUAUGGAAAAAAGAGGAUAUACUGUACAUCAUGAGAACUAUGAAGUAGAACAGUUGAUCUAUACUGGAGAUUAUAAAAUGUUAAAUCUAGCAAUUGCUUCAUAUAAAAUAUUGGCUUCUUCAAGUUUAAAUGCAAAUGAAGAUGAUGAAAGUUAA